AUGCCGAAGACGACUCCAUUCUCCGUCCUUAGAAUAGGGGGGUUGACAGGUCGCUCCAUAACUCCUAAUACUUCUUUACCAACCUCGAGAAGCAAUACAUGCAUACUCUGCCAACAUAGGGCAUGGCGGCCGUUAGCCGCUACUCGGAAAUUCCAUGGCUCACGAAUACUAUUAGCUGCCCCAGCAUCCUUUCCGUCCGUGAACACCUCCGCUAUAUCCGAGCCAGAGGGAUCCCCGAAUUUGGAGAAAACCUCGACGGAUGAGGUAGAAUCCCUCAUAAAUAAACCUCCGGACAUCACUACCCACUACACCAUCUUCCCCAAUGCCAUUCCCGACCCACCACCCAAGGGUCCCUUCGACAUCUCAGUCCCUGACCUUCGCCAGGAAUUCCUCCGCCUUCAAGCUCGUGCGCAUCCUGACAAAUAUCCUCCGGGCCUAACAAAACAGCACGCAGAGGCACUCUCCGCUCGCAUCAAUGAAGCGUACCGUGCGCUCGCAGACCCAUUAAGCCGCGCCCAAUACCUUCUCGCUUCUCAACAUGGCAUCGACGUGACGGCGGAAGACGGCGCCAAGGACCACCCUCAGGACAUGGAGACGUUGAUGCAGGUACUUGAAGUUCAGGAGAUCAUUGAGGAGGCGCAGGAUGAAGUGACCGUUGCGCGACUGAAGGACGAAAAUGAAGAGAGGAUCAAGGGAUGUGUUGCAGCUCUGGGAAGAGCGUUCGAUCACGGUGAUAUUGAGGAGGCGAGGAAGGAGUGCGUUAGGUUGAGGUUUUGGUAUACCAUUCGAGAUGGAUUGCGGGACUGGGAGCCCGGAAAGGAUGUAAGGUUGGUACAUUAGUUAGCUUACGGGAGCCUGUUCUAUUUAUGUUGUUUUGUUAACUAUCUAUCAUGAUAAUAUGCAUAUACCAUCCGAAUUCACAUGAGUGAUGAUUCUAGCUUUAUUAAAUCAGUGGCGAUUCCCAUAUUUUGCAUUUAACACAGCCCGGAAGAAGAAGAAGAGGAGGAGGAAGCAUGGUCAAACUGGCAGGACAUUCCUGCUUCUCAAAUCUUUGCUGAAUU